ACCCCGGAUUCACACCCAAGAUUGUGGAAGACGAGAAAAAACAACUAACUAAUGGUUUCCACUAGAUAGCACAGCCACAAAGUCCAAAUUCCCGUCGUAAAAUUUUCGAAAACAAAAAUGAGCUUAAUUUAAGGUUAGUUUUAGGCAUAAGGUUAGCACUGUGGUUUUAAAUCAGAUUUUAAGAAGAUACAUUGUAGAAAUAGGUGGGGGUUUUUACUUUAUGGGGCUGGCUGGCUGUGGUAACUACUUCCGGGUACAAUUUAUGGGUUUGUCUAGCUAGCUACAUGUGUUUUUAGCAUCAUGCCGCUUAUAGUAAUGUGUGGUUUUCCAUGUAGUGGCAAAACACGAAGAGCGGUGGAAUUAAAGGAAUACUUUGAACAGAAUACAAAGAGAAAGGUUCACAAUGUAGGAGAUGGAACGUUGGGAAUUGAGAAGAACGCUGUAUACGCAGAUUCUCAGAAUGAGAAAAAUGUGAGAGGAUCUCUAAGAGCUGAAGCAGAGAGGAGGAUCAACAAAGAGGAUAUUGUAAUUCUGGAUUCAUUGAACUAUAUCAAAGGUUACAGAUAUGAACUUUUUUGUCUGAUCAAACACACACAGACGCCUCACUGUCUGGUUUACUGUUUGACGUCAGCCGAAGUGAGCUCAACAUGGAACACAGAAAGGGAUGUUGAAGAGCAGUACACCCAGGAGAUCCUAGAUGCGCUGGUGCUGAGAUUUGAAACUCCAGACUCCAGGAACAGAUGGGACAGCCCACUUUUCACCAUUCAGAAAGAAGACACACUUCCAUUUGAAGCCAUCUCUGAUGCCAUCUUCAAAAGGAAAGCACCCCCUCCUAACCAGUCGACACAGAGUCAACCACUGUCAUCUACAAACUUCUUGUAUGAGCUGGACAAAGUCACACAAGAUGUGUUGAUGGCAAUUCUCAGCUCCCAGAAGACAAGUGUUCCAGGGGAUCUCAUUGCUGUUCCAGGAGCCACAGAAAAGAUAGAACUGACCAGAAGUCUAAACAUGGCAGAGCUCCGGAAACUACGACGCCAGUUCAUCAGCUACACCAAGAUGCACCCAACAGAGAACAUUGGACACAUUGCUAACAUGUUUGUACAGUAUCUAAACAAGAGUAUACAUUGAUUACUUUUUAUUUUAACACCUUUGGUUCAGGUCAAUAAAAUUAAGUGAAUGCCUUGUAUGAUAUGGUUACAUUGUCUGAGACAAAUACAUUUAUUUUAAGUAUC